AUGACAACAUUAAAUAACGAAUCGAAUCAAUCAUUUGUUACGCAUACCGGAAGUUGUCACUGCAAAAAAGUUAUAUUUCAGGUAGAUGCGCCUAAAAUACUAGAAGUACAAGAUUGUAAUUGUUCGAUAUGUACCAAAAAAGGAUUCCUGCAUCUGAUUGUCCCGAAUUCACGAUUCCGUAUUUUACAAGGAAAAGAUGAUUUAUCGGUUUAUACGUUCAAUACACAUGUAGCGAAACACUAUUUCUGUAAUACUUGUGGUGUUUCACCAUUCUAUAUACCGCGAUCCAAUCCUGAUGGAUGGGAUAUAAACUUUCGUUGCAUCGAUCCUGACACCGUGGAAUCUUUCACUGUUGUAAAAUUUGAUGGACAGAAUUGGGAGAGUAAUGCGGAAAAUUUAGCUCAUUUGUCAAAAUCUUAA